AUGGCAAAUCUCUGUCGCCACUUUCUCAAUCUUUACCGACGGAUUCCUCAAAGGCUAUGUAUGGGCUUUAGGAAAGUUGACUCUGAGGAUCAGCUAUGGGAAUUUGAAGAGGAAGAUUUUGUGAGAGGUCAGCCGGAGAGUAUCGGGGAGCUGUAUCGCCGCAUGGAAGAAAUGGAAAAAAACAGUGAAGAGGGGAAAGAGAUGGAGAAGAAAAUCGAGGAGAGGAUGAGAGCGAGGAGGAUAGCCAUGAAGAAGACUAAAGAGAGUUCAGAUGGAACGAUGAAGACAGUCCUGAUGAAGAAGAAGAUAAAGAGGAGGGUGAAGGAUAAGAAAGCUUCAAAAGUAGUAGCCGAUCAGUUGCAAUGUUUACGUGUUUGA